AUGAGUCUUCAAAUGUCAUUAGUUUUCGGGGCCUUAAUUGGCCAAAUGGGGAUAUUAGUUCUUUUAUUACUUCCAUUGCCAUUAAGCGUUAGAACCAAAAUUGUUGAAAUAUAUGAUCUAUUAGGGAACUCAACCAAUGUUAAAGUUGGGAUAGUGUUUAGUGUGUCGCUAUUAGGGUUGUCAUUCAUCGACUGCGUACAAAGAUUAGGUAGAUAUGGAUUCAAUUCACCCUAUUUUACUAAUUUUAAUGCAGUUGCCAGUCAAGGUAAUUUAACUUAUGAUCAAUUGGCUACUAAAUUUUACACCCAAAGAAAUUUAUACUUGAAUGGAGCAGUAUUAUACUUGACCUUAUCAAUUUAUACCAUGAUUACUAUUAUUAAGAAAUUGGUUAAAAAGGAAAUUGAAUAUCGUAAUUUAAGUCAAAUAAACGAAGGAGAAUUUGCUAGUAAUGAAGAAGAAAUUGCUAAAUAUAAAGAAUUAAUUAAACAAAAGGAAAUUGAUAUUAAAACGUUUAAAAAACAAGUUGAAGGAUUACAAAAAUCUUACAAUGACUUGACUCCUUCAAACGAAACUUCUAAAACUGAUUGA